ACGUAACUCUUUAAAUAAAUCAAUAUUUAUUGAUUUAUUGAUUACCAAUGCCCGGACGACUUUCGACAAUUGAAGAGAAAACUGAAACUUCCACUGGAGCAAUUUCAACAACUUCCAACACAACAAACAGUGGCGCAGAAAUGGAUUCAAAAAUGCAUCAAGCGGUACGUGCCUGCCAAAUCGGAGAAAUUCAAACCGUUCGAUUUCUGUUGAAUGGACAUGUUUCGGCUAAUGAAUUCGAUCACGAAGGAUGUGGACUUCUUCAUUGGGCUGCAAUUAAUAAUAAAUUGGAUAUUAUUCAACUGCUGCUUUCACAUCGCGCUGACAUUAAUUUAAUUGGAGGAAAUAUGAAAUCGACACCUCUUCACUGGGCCUGUUAUAAUUCACAAUUUGGAGCAGUCAUGGCUCUUGUCAAGAAUGGCGCAGAUCCAACAAUUAAAAAUAUAAACGGCGAGACUCCUCUUCACUUGGCUGCCUGCACUGGAAACUUUAUUAUAAUUGCUUAUUUGCUCGUAAAAUUUGAUAAUAUCAAAGAUACGAGAGAUAAUUUAGGUCGUUCGGCACUUAUGAUGGCUGCUGAUAAGAGUUUCGGACUAUUUCCUAUUCGUAUAUUCACAAAAGUUGAUGCAUAUCUUGACUUCACUGAUGAUGAGAAGGGGAAUACUGCUCUUCAUAUUUUAGCUGCUCGUCAGAAUUUGAAAGGAGUUGUUGAGCUGAUUUGUUCUGGAGCAGAUGACACGAAAACCGAUAACAAUGGGGUUUCAGCACGUGAUUUGAUGGACAACAAAUUCCGAAAUCUAGUUGACAAGCAAGUGACAGCUCGAAAUAUUUGUGAACUGGGUACAAUUUGUGAAAAGGUUACCUCUCGCUGGUUCCUUGGCCAAUUUUUUACUGCAACCAUUUCAGGUGUAAUGAUUGGUGCAGCAACUGGUCUAUAUUUUCUCACAAACUUCUGGGUGGUCUUGGGUGGACUUGCUUUGACAGCUUUAUUGCUUUUUAUUUUGGUACAAAGAAGACAAAUGGAUCAAUUUGGAUGUCUUCCAGUCACUUAUAUCUUUUGGAUGGGAAUUGCUGAAUUUGCAUUGUUAAUUUUCAAUUCAAAUGGAUUGGUUCAUUGGUCGGUUCUGAUUUUUGUCUGCUCAAUUUGGGUUAUUUCAGCAUCGUUUUAUUGGAUCUUGAUCCUAACAAAUCCCGGUGUCCUUCCUCGUUCUACAACUCCGUUCAAAGAUUUCAUCAAAGAUCUGGAAGAGAAACAAAUCGAUAGAUACUGUUUUACUUGUUGGAUUCCAAAGACUUCAUCCUCUCAUCAUUGCUCUCAAUGUGACAAAUGUGUCGAUGGAUUUGAUCAUCAUUGUCCAUGGAUUCACAAAUGUGUCUAUCGGAAGAAUCUUCGAGCUUUCGUGUUUUUCUGUCUUACAAUCUUCAUGUUUCACGUGUUCUACGUUCUAUUGUUGUUGUACAUGAUUGGUGCCUCCAUGAAUGCAUCCGGAUUCGAACAAACCCUAAACGACCAUGGUUUGAUGGUAAUCAGUCUCAUCCUCGCAAUCCCUCAUGUUUUCGGAGCCGGAGCCAUCACUUGUACUCAAUUCUCACAAAUUUCUCGUCAUGUCUCUACCAUCGAGAUUAUUCGGAAACAAAGACUCCAGAGAAAUUCUAGUGAAAAGACCAUAACAUCGCCAGAACAUAAUCCAUGGGAAUACAAACAAAGUGUGAAGACUAGAAUUCGAAAUGUGUGUAAUCUAUUGGCAUUUGACAAGUUUGGAGAUGGAGAAGAAAUUGAUGAAGGACAUGGAUCAUCUUCAUUCGAAACAUCGUCUUCAUAUUUCUAAAACUUCCAUUUUUAAAUAGACUGUUCGUUAAGUUGUAUGAUUUAAUUGAUAUUGACUAGAGCAUCUUCAUAGUUCCAAUUUGUCUUGAAUUCUUUCUCGAAUCUCAUUUUUCAAACGAGUUUUUGUAUUCCACUUUUGAUUUUUUCGUCCAUUUUUGUAAAAAAUUUUUAUGAUCGGUCCACUAAUAAAUGAAACUGAUUAU